UACAAUAAAAAAUAAUAAAAUGGUAAAGAUGCUAUUUAUAUAUAUGCUCAGUUGGGCCAGAAUACCGACAUUCCUCCACAACCAUGUUCUUUUUUAACGAUGAGGGAUGAAUUCGCUCGAUCGGCUGGAACGCUCAGCGGAUAGUCGCGCUGCACAUCAUAUUUGUAUAUUGCAUAUUUAACGCUACGUUCGUUCAUGUAAAAUUGUAACAUAUGAAUGUACAAAUAAACAGCAUACUGUCCAAAGCUCAACCACUGGAUUCGUAUUCCAACGAUAAUUCAUCAUCGAGCGAAAUGUAGAAGAAAGGAAUAACACUUUUUUUUUUAGAACAGGUGGACAGGUAAGAAAACAUAAAAGAUAGUUAGAGUGAACGAAGUAUAGAUUAAAAUCGACCUCACCUGCGGUCACAUUGCACCACCUGCCAACAGUAAACUAUCACCAGGGUGAGUUAAGGGUAGCGGAAAGUGAAAAGCAAAGGUAGCUAUUUACGUAAAGCGAUCUUUUCCAAUUUCUACAAGAGAAGUAGAAACAUUGCGAAAGACAAAAUGCUGCGCUCGAGAUCUCAAGGAAACGUGUGGGAACGCGAAGCAAAAUUUGUGCAAGACCGCAUUUCCAAUGUGGAAAAACACUUUGCCGAAUUGUGUACAUCAUUUGCAGCGUACACGAGAAAAGCCGCAAGAUUACGCGACAAGGGCGAUGACGUUGCGAAGGCGAUACAAGUAUACGCGCAAUCAGAAACUGUUAAUCGAUCAUUGACAACGGGAUUAACGAAUUUCUCCACAACGUUAUCGGUAAUAGGAGAUUACAGAGACGCCGAGGUACAACGAUUCGAUGCGAAAAUAGUUGCACCCCUUUCUCAAUAUGCAACAAUCUGCAAACAUGCACGCGACGACGUUAAAAAUACGUUCACAGCUCGCGAUAAAGAAUUGACGAGAAAGAGGCAUCUCGACAGACUCCGAGAACGAAAUCCUAGAAAUAGGCAAAUGAUUUCUCAAGCCGAAUCGGAGCUAAUGAAAGCAUCCGUUGAAGUUUCAAGGGUAGUCAAGAGCUUAGAAGAACAAAUUGACUCGUUUGAAAAACGAAAACUGCACGAUUUGAAAACUGUACUUUUAGAUUUCGUUGUGAUCGAGUUAAGUUUCCAUGCCAAGUCUCUCGAAUUGCUGACAAAAGCUUAUCAGGAUAUUGCCGAAGUCGACGAAACCAAAGAUUUAGAGGACUUUCAAACGAUUAGAGGAAAUAUGAGCGGGGAAUUUCGGGAAACGAUGCGGUUACCUGAUUCCAUCACUAGAUUAUCAACCGUUGGAAGAAAUUCGUUCAGACAAGCAUACUCCCUUACUAAUUUGGCCAGUCGUUUCACAUCAUCCUCCAUGAUUCCACAAAAAUUAGUUAGUCAUACCGCGGAUUCUAUAGAUUCUGCAAAAUCAAGCUCGAAAACAAAUUCUUCCGAGUCUGUACAAAUUGAAGAAUAUGGAGACAGUUCUGAAGACAGUUCUGUGAGAACUAGGCAUAAGUCUAUGUAAUUAUUAGUCAUUUAUCUACACUUGUACAUUUUAUGUAAUUUCAGAUCAGGUUGCAUGCAGGUACUGGUCGCAAAGCCUUAAAAUGUCUUGUAUUUAAAGCAGUGCCACCCAUUCCUGCAUAUCAAAAGUCCUUAACAAUGCCUAUGACCAUAAA